AUGAAGGUGAACACGGCUCAGUUCAUGGCACUGUACGCCUGGUAUUCCUGGCCCAACGUGGUUCUUUGCUUCUUUGGUGGUUUUCUGAUAGACAGAGUUUUUGGAAUACGAUUGGGCACUAUAAUAUUUAGUAUCUUUGUUUGUGUUGGGCAGGUAAUUUUUGCUUUGGGAGCACUACUUAAUACUUUCUGGCUGAUGGACGUGGGCAGGUUCAUAUUUGGAAUAGGUGGAGAGUCCUUAGCGGUGGCACAAAACACAUAUGCAGUCAGUUGGUUUAAAGGCAAAGAGUUAAACCUUGUCUUUGGAUUACAACUCAGUAUGGCCAGAAUUGGGAGCACAGUGAACAUGAAUAUCAUGGGAUGGAUAUACUCUAGAGUUCGAGAUCUUCUGGGGUAUACUGGUCCCAGUACUCUUGGGUUAACUCUCAUGAUAGGUGGUAUAACAUGUCUCUUUUCACUGACCUGUGCCUUAAUCCUUGCGUAUCUGGACAAGAGAGCAGAGAAACUCCUUUGUAAAGAGCAAGGGAAAACGGGUGAAGUGAUUAAGCUAACCGAUGUGAAGGACUUCUCUUUGUCCUUGUGGCUUAUAUUUGUAAUCUGUGUCUGUUACUAUGCAGCAGUUUUUCCCUUCAUUGGACUUGGAAAGGUUUUCUUUAUUGAGAAAUUCAAAUUCUCAUCUCAAGAAGCAAGUGCAAUUAACAGUAUUGUGUAUAUCAUAUCGGCACCCAUGUCCCCAGUCUUUGGAAUCCUGGUGGAUAAACUUGGCAAGAAUAUCAUCUGGGUUUUAUGUGCUGUAAUAACUACGCUCGCUUCUCAUAUUAUGUUGGCUUUUACCUUCUGGAACCCCUGGAUAGCAAUGUGUUUGCUAGGAAUGGCCUACUCAUUGCUUGCCUGUGCUCUGUGGCCCAUGGUGGCCUUUGUUGUUCCAGAACACCAGCUGGGAACUGCUUAUGGCUUUAUGCAGUCUAUCCAGAAUCUUGGUCUGGCAAUUAUUGCUAUAGCAGCUGGGAUGAUUCUGGACACAAGAGGAUACUUGUUUCUUGAAGUCUUCUUCAGUGCUUGUGUUUGCUUGUCACUAAUAGCUGUAGUCAUGCUGUAUUUUGUGAAUCAUCUCACAGGUGGUGAUCUCAACUGGUCUGCAAAGAAAAGGGAAAAACUGCAAAAAGCAGCUGCAACUGAGUAA